UACAAUUUUAACCGUUGGGGACUUGGGGUCAAGAUCUCGCAACUAAACGUCCCCAGCAACGUGCUAGGGGCAAGCUUCAAGAAUUGGCAAAUUCAGCUUCAAAACAGCACCUUAUCUCUUUAGACUUUGUGUAUAUGUUCUGCUUUAAUAUAAAGACUGGUGAGAAUUUGCGCAACCAUUUGAUGUCUUGUUGACUAGUAGUAAUUUCAGUUUCAAGACAUCUUCAAUUGUGAGAUUCAACUUCAUAUAUUUUGUGUGUUUGUUUUCUGGACCUUUGAAAUUGUUGUCAAAGAUUCAACGUUAGCCUUUUAUUUCUAAGUCGUUUUCUUGAGCUGGGGUUUUCAAUAGGGGUAAAUAUUGAGAUUUUGUGUUGAGAAUUAAGAGUUAAAGAAUCUGUACUUCUUGAUUUUGUGAUAAAGAUGGAGAGAAAUGCAAGACAAGAUUGCCUUUUAUUUCUAAGUUGUUUUCUUGAACUGGGGUUUUCAAUAGGGGUAAAUAUUGAGAUAUAUUGUUGAGAAUUAAGAGUUAAAGAAUCUGUACUUCUUGAUGUUGUGUUAAAGAUGGAGAGAAAUGCAAGAGAAGAUUGGGAGGACAUCGUGAGAAAGAUGCUUCCUCUUGGGGCUUCAAUUCCUCAAUGUGAUUCUUUCCCUGAUUGCUCGAGAGCAUUAGAGUAUAGUGGUCCUCGGGUGUCUUAUGAGCUCCCCAGGGUAGAACCAGCUGAUGUGAAGUCGAGUUUAAUUGCCACGGUAGACAAUUUAUUGCCAAAUUCUAGAAGAUCGAUCCACGGAGAUUUUCCUCCAGUUGCAGAACCAAUUUAUUUUCCUGUGUCCAAUGUUGCAAGCAGUGGCACUAGUCGGCCCAAUUGUAGUCCUAGAGUAUCAGGAAAUUCUGGAUUGGAUUGUCUGAGUUCCGUUUCUGCCUCACUGGGUUCUGUACAAGACUCUUCUAAUAAUGCUCGUCAACAGUCGCUUGGUAGAACCUCUGCAGUUGAUAGAUUGGAAAGUCAAGAGGUCGAUAAGGAGCACAAGUUUUAUCCGGAAUAUGUUGGGAUCACAACGGAGAAAAAUGAAAAUAGAAAGAAAGGCAAUAGGAGAGUGUGUUAUAUGUGUGGAAAAGGGAAGUGGAAAACAAAGGAGUUGUGCUUGGUUUGUGAUGCAAAGUAUUGCAGCAGUUGUGUGCUUAGGUCUAUGGGUUCAAUGCCAGAGGGUCGGAAAUGUGUUACUUGCAUUGGAAAGCCGGUCACUGAAUCAAAUAGGGUAUUAUUGGGUAGGCACAGACGAUUACUGUCCAGAUUACUCGGUCAUUUAGAAGUCAAGCAGAUAAUGAAAGCAGAGAAAGAAUGUUUAGCUAAUCAUUGUAAACCAGAGCAGCUGACUGUGAACGGAUAUACGCUGAAGCCAGAAGAGAUGGCUGAGCUCCUUAGGUGUCCUUUACCACCUCGAAAAUUGAAUCCUGGUAGAUAUUGGUAUGACAUGGAUUCUGGCAUGUGGGGGAAGGAAAGUAAAAGACCAAACAGUAUUAUAAGUUCACAUUUAAGUUUUUAUGGAAGACUCAACCAAAAUGCUAGUGAUGGUAAUACUGACGUUCACAUAAAUGGUCGAGAGAUUACAAAAUUUGAAUUGAGAGUGCUAAAGAUGGCCAAAAUUGAAUGUCCUCGCUCUACACAUUUCUGGCUUUAUGAUGAUGGUCGUUAUGAGGAGGAGGCUCAUGGCAGGAGAAAAUAUAUUUGGGAAAAGGCAAUAUCUCGUUUUGUCUUCACAUUGUUCUCUUUGCAUGUGCCCCGUGGUCCGCCUCGCGGACAAAGAUAUGUGUCUAGCAAUCAUGCUAUUUUACCAAACCUCUCAGAGCAGAUAAAAGUUCAAAAGCUUUUUCUGAUAGGACUUCAAGGUUCUGGAACUAGCACCAUCUUCAAGCAGGCAAAAAUUUUGUAUGGGAGCAAAUUCACGUUUGAGGAAUUACAAGACAUUAAGUUUAUGAUCCAGAGCAACAUGUACAAGUAUAUCAGCAUUUUACUUGAUGGAAGGGAGCGUUUUGAGGAGACCAUGUGUGGAGGGGUUGAUUCUGAUGAGAGCGCUCGAUGUAUCUAUUCAAUUAGUCCGAGGUUAAAGCAUUUCUCUGAUUGGCUCUUAGACAUUAUAGCCACAGGUGAUUUUGAUGCAUUUUUCCCUGCAGCAACUCAUGAGUAUGCUUCACUAGUUGACGAAGUGUGGAAAGACCCUGCCAUACAGGAAACAUAUAAGAGGAAAGAUGAGAUUCACUUCCUUCCUGAUGCGGCAGAAUACUUCUUAAGCCGGGCUGUCGAAGUAUUCAGUGACGAAUACGAGCCUUCAGAGAGAGACCUCCUAUAUUCAGAAGGAGUCCCACCGCUGAAUACUCUGGCUUUCGUAGACUUUUCACUGGAUUUUGGUACCCCAAUGUCUAAACCCUGCACAAAGUUCACGGAAGCUAAACUCCCACCUUCGACUAGGUACCAACUGAUUAGAGUAAAUGCCAAGGGUGUGAUCGAUGAUUGCAAGUGGGUGGAAAUGUUUGAAGAUGUUCGUGUAGUUGUCUUCUGUGUUGCUCUGACUGACUAUUUCCCCAAGAAAAGUGGAACCAGGGUGCUUCUUCGAAACAAAAUGUUAGAAAGCAAAGAGCUAUUCGAAAAGAUGACCAGGCAAAAUUGUUUUGAAGAUACUCCUUUUGUUUUGAUUUUAAACCAGUAUGAUCUUUUCGAGGAGACUGUCAAUCGGGUUCCACUAAGUACUUGUGAAUGGUUCUCAGACUUCAGCCCAGUGCAACCUGAGCCCAGCAACCAGACUCUAGCUCAGCAGGCUUAUCACUAUGUUGCAAUGAAGUUCAAAGACCUCUACUUUUCUCUGACUUCUCGGAAGCUUUUUGUUUGCCAAGCCAGUGCAAGGGACCGGGUUACAAUAGACAAAGCAUUCAAGUUCAUAGUGCAUGUCGUUAAGUGGGAUGAUAAGAAGGAAGACAACUACUUUGAUGACGUUGAGGAUUCUCUUUACAGUAAAACAGAUAUGAGUUCAUUGUCAUUCACAAGGCAAGAGUGAUUCAUUGUGAAUGUACUUCAUGGUUCAUGCAGUAGAUUUGUUAAGAAAAUGGGCAGGAAUAUAAGCUGAGGCAUAUAAUGUAAAUGCAUGUUCACAAAUAAUUUUUAUCCUAAAAUUUAGAAGAACCUUUACCAUUUUAACUUAAUAAAUGUUGUUCUUGAUAA